UGCCUCCUUCCAACAAUUUUUAAUUACACAAAAACAGAGAGAGACCCGCUGUCGUUAUGCUCGCGCCGCCACUAGCCGCCGCGUCCUCUGACAUCCAUCCGCCGUGUCUUUCCGCUUUCGGACAACCAAUGGAGAAAGCCCUCGUCUUCCCUAACGAGUUCCCUUACGAGUUCGCUUUCACCUCUCCAGAGGACUUAACGGAGACGGAAAAUGAGACCAACGAAGAAGAAGACGAAAAUGACUUCCUUGCCGGGUUGACUCGCAGACUCGCUCUCUUCACUCAGCGCCUCCCUUCUCCUCCUCCCGUCGACAAUGCUGAGGUGAACUCGACUGAGUCAACUCGGAGUGGACUCGGAAGCUGUACAGCCUCUGGAAACAAAAGUCCCGACGGUCCUUUUUCACAAACCCUUUCACCGCCGGAAACUCCGGUCUGUGAAAAAGACUCUGUGAAAGUUGGAGACGUCGCAAAGAUCAAAGUUGCAAAUUUUGAUGCAAAACCUAAGAGCCGCCCAAACCCUAAACCUAACUCAUUCGUCCCGUUUCCUCAAAACGCGGCGUUUUAUAACUACAAUUACUACUACUACUACUACUAUUACUACUGGCUAAGGCAGACGCAACCCGCUCUGUUCGCGUAUCCUCCUUAUCCCGUUAGCGGCGUUUUCGCCGCUCCAACCGCUGUGAAACAGCCGUGUGCUGGUACCGGUGUUUUCACCGGUCCAACCGCCGUCAAACAGCCGUCUGUUGGUACCGGCGUUUUCCUUCCCCGGAAUAGCACAAACCCUUCUGGUUCCAGGAAGAAAGCAGGUAAAUGUGUUAAGUCUCCGACAAAGGUUGUCCAGACGCAACAUUCUAAAACUGAAAAGUUACCUGGUCGGAGUCAAUCAAGUUCACAAGGACGUCUUUCUGCAGGAGGCAGCAAACUCGAUCGUGGUACUAAGUCUGAAGUAACUGGUGGCUCUCUCAAGGAAGAAAUACAUCUUCCACAAGAAUGGAUGUAUUGAAUUUAAAAAAUCAGGUUCUGUAUGGGUUUAGAUUUACUGUGAGAUAGAUGGUUACUGGUUAUAGUAAUGAAUAAUGGUGUGGGAUGAGGUGGAUUGGGGAUUUAUUGGUUAUUGCUUAAUUUAUGUUUUAAAUUAGGGGAUAACAAAACUAGGUUUUAAUAAGAACAUUUUUUUGGUGGCCUUGGGAGGAAUUUUCAGCUGGUCUUCCUUGGGUUAAGGUUAUGUCUUUGUAGUUGUGGUUGCGGUGCAACAGCAUAGAGGAAGAGUUGAGAGUACUUCAGGGUGUUGUCUGCUCCUUUUGGAAUCUAUGGGGUUGCAAUAAAGUAUCUGUAAUAUUUGUUUGGUUGGUUUCUUUUAAUAAAUGGAGCAAAGUUUGUAUUGAUU